UCCACACGCAUUAUCACAUAACACAGCAAAUAGUGAUAAUACUCUUUUUGUGCUUCUCUUGGUGUUACCGACAGCAUAAAUUUCAUCACAUGAUUCUGUCUCUGACUGACUCACACUUGCACGCAUUAGAGUAAGAGACAUGGUGAAUAAUGUGAUGAAAGAGGCACAAGGGAAGAUGAUUCUUGAUUCAGCAUGGGUUGCAGCAAGGUCCACUGAGGUUCAAUUCAGUGGCAUUCAGCUCACCACAACCAACCCUCCUUCCACCGCUGCCCCAACUUCCCCACCAUGGAUGCAUGCUCUUGUUCCCGGAACUGUUUUGGGAACCUUGGUGAAGAAUAAAGUUGUGCCUGAUCCUUUCUAUGGACUUGGAAAUGAGGCAAUCUUGGAUAUUGCUGAUUCUGGAAGAGACUAUUACACUUUCUGGUUCUUUACAACCUUUCAAUGCAAGCUGUCAGUUAACCAGAAGUGUGAUCUGAACUUCCGCGGAAUCAAUUACUCUGCUGAUGUAUAUCUAAAUGGGCACAAACUGGUUCUCCUAAAAGGAAUGUUUAGGAGGCAUUCUCUUGAUGUCACUGGUAUUCUCAAUCCGGAUGGCAGUAACUUGCUUGCUGUUCUAGUUCACCCACCGGAUCAUCCGGGGACAAUUCCUCCUCAGGGGGGACAAGGUGGCGACCAUGAGAUAGGAAAAGAUGUAGCCACACAGUAUGUUGAAGGUUGGGACUGGAUAGCUCCUAUAAGAGAUAGGAACACUGGAAUAUGGGAUGAAGUUUCCAUUUCUAUUACUGGGCCGGUAAAAAUAACCGAUCCCCACUUGGUGUCCUCAUUUUUUGACAAUUAUAAGAGAGUAUAUCUACAUGCCACAACUGAGGUGGAAAACAGAAGCUCCUCAGCUGCUCAGUGUUCUUUGAAAAUUCAAGUGACAACAGAACUCGAGGGGAGUGUUCAAUUGGUGGAGAAGCUUCAAACUCAAAUGCUAUCAGUUCCUCCAAAAUCUCGAGUGCAAUUUACUUUUCCUGAGCUCUUCUUCUACAAGCCCAAUUUAUGGUGGCCAAAUGGAAUGGGAAAGCAAAAUUUGUACGACGUUGUUAUUAGCAUUGAUGUUGAAGGAUUUGGUGAGUCUGAUACAUGGAGCCAUCUCUUCGGAUUCCGCAAAAUUGAAAGCCAUAUUGAUGAUGCUACCGGUGGAAGGUUGUUCAAGGUCAACGGAGAACCAAUUUUCAUCCGAGGCGGUAACUGGAUCUUGUCUGACGGGCUACUACGACUUUCAAAGAAGCGGUAUGAGACGGAUAUCAAAUUUCAUGCGGAUAUGAAUUUUAACAUGAUUCGUUGCUGGGGUGGUGGACUGGCUGAAAGGCCAGAAUUUUAUCAUUAUUGUGACUAUUAUGGCAUUCUGGUAUGGCAAGAGUUCUGGAUUACUGGGGAUGUUGACGGGCGCGGCAUUCCAGUGUCAAACCCAAAUGGUCCGCUAGACCAUGAUCUUUUCUUGUUUUGUGCAAGAGACACAAUCAAACUUUUAAGAAAUCAUGCUAGUCUUGCACUUUGGGUUGGUGGAAAUGAACAGAUUCCACCAAAAGAUAUAAAUGCUGCUCUGAAAAGUGAUCUGAAACUUCAUCCAUUUUUUAAGCAUGUAAAUGAAAAUGGAAAACCUGGAGCAGUUGAAUUGACCCCAUCAUCUGCCACGACGAAUUCAUCAGGGGACCCUAGCCAGUAUCUUGAUGGCACUCGCAUUUAUAUAGAAGGAUCAUUAUGGGAUGGAUUUGCAGAUGGGGAGGGGAACUUUACUGACGGACCAUAUGAAAUUCAAAACCCUGAAGAUUUUUUCAAGGAUAGUUUCUACAAAUAUGGAUUCAACCCGGAGGUCGGUUCCGUAGGAAUGCCAGUUGCUGCUACCAUAAGAGCCACAAUGCCUCCAGAAGGAUGGCAGAUACCAUUAUUUAAUGAACUUUCCAAUGGUUAUGUAGAAGAAGUUCCAAAUCCCAUUUGGAAAUACCAUAAAUACAUUCCAUACUCAAAACCAACCAUGGUUCAUGAUCAGAUUCAGCUCUAUGGUAUAGCGAAGGAUCUUGAUGAUUUUUGUUUCAAGGCUCAACUUGUAAACUACAUACAAUACAGAGCUCUUCUUGAGGGAUGGACUUCUCGCAUGUGGCGCAAGUAUACAGGUGUGUUGAUUUGGAAAACACAAAAUCCUUGGACUGGUCUGAGAGGUCAAUUUUAUGAUCAUCUUCUCGACCAAACAGCUGGAUUCUAUGGCUGUCGAUGCGCUGCAGAGCCAAUUCAUGUACAGCUUAAUCUAGAUACAUAUUUUAUAGAAGCUGUUAAUACUACAUCAGAGAGAUUGUCUAAUAUGGCUAUUGAAGCUUCAGUGUGGGAUCUAGAUGGAAUGUGUCCAUACUACAAAGUUCACGAAAGCUUUACCAUGCUACCUAAAACAGUAACACCUAUUUUCGAGAUGGACUAUCCCAAGUUGGAAAACGCAAAGCCGGUCUACUUUCUUCUGCUCAAACUCUACGACAAAUCGGAUAACAGAGUUUUAUCAAGAAACUUAUAUUGGCUGCACCUUCCUGGUGGAGACUACAAACUACUGGAGCCAUAUAGGAAGAAGAAAAUACCACUCAAGAUAACAUCAGAGAUUUUUGUUAAAGGAUCCACUUAUAGAUUUAAAAUGCAUGUGGAAAACAUAUCUAAAGGACCAAACACCGAAAACAGUUCAACAGAACAUGAACUGGGUUGGUUUAAGAGAUUACACAGAUGCAUUGGUGGUAAAAAUAAUGGUUUGAAGGUAUCUGAAAUUAAGGGAAAUGGUAUAGGUGUUGCUUUCUUUCUUCAGUUUUCUGUGCAUUCUUCAAAUAAGGACCACAAGGAGGGAGAAGACACAAGAAUUCUCCCUGUUCAUUACUCAGAUAACUAUUUUUCAUUGGUUCCAGGAGAGGCCAUGACUGUUAAAAUUUGCUUUGAGGUCCCUGAGGGUGUCACUCCUAGAAUUACUCUGCAGGGCUGGAAUUACAGUGAAGGACACACUGUACUUGAAGCUCUAUGAGGAUGUCGCAGAGAAACACUGUGAAAUUGAUCAACUGUGUAUAUAUUACCAUUAAUAAAUGCAUUUGAAAUUCAGAACUAAACAAGCCCCCUUCUCUCUCUCUACAUUUGAAAAUUCAUCUUUUCCCAUUUUUUGUUUUAGAUAAUAGUCAUAAUAUCAUUACAAGGUUGAAAUAUAAUCA